UGCCAUCCCAUCCCUCCAUUCCCUUAUGAAAGAAAAGGAGAGGCUAUUACUCCAUGCAAAGCUCCCUAGCUUGAGGAACUGAGUCUGGAGUAGUCAUGGCUUCCGAGAAGACGGUCGUAGAAGAAGUCCCCAACUGGCUCCGCGUCUACGAUGACGGCUCCGUCGAUCGAACAUGGACUGGGCCCACCCAAGCCAAGUUCUUGGUCACUCCCGUACCCCCAUCAGAGACGUUCAUCGACGGGGUGACCACUCGCGACGUGGUCAUCAAUCCCGAUUCGGGCAUCUCUGUCCGAAUCUACGUCCCUGAACAGAAAUGUAACGAUGGUGUACAGCUUCCUAUGCUCCUUCACUUCCAUGGCGGCGGCUUCUGUGUGACUCGAGCCGAUUGGUACAUGUACCACCAGUUCUACACCAAGCUCAUUGCAUCAGCUCCAGCCAUUUGUGUCUCGGUCAACUUGCGUUUAGCUCCUGAGCACCGGCUCCCUGCUGCGAUUGACGAUGGUUAUGCAGCCCAGUCGUGGCUCAGGUCCUUGGCUAGAGCUGAGCUGUCGGAGCCAUGGAUUGGAACCCGAGCCGACUUCUCACGGGUCUUCCUCAUGGGCGACUCGUCUGGCGGGAACAUCGUGCAUGGAGUGGCGGCACGUGCAGGGAACGAAGAUUUAGAACCGUUGCGGCUAGCCGGAGGAGUGCCGAUGCACCCUGGCUUCGUCCGUGCUGAGCGGAGCCGGUCCGAGCUGGAGUUCCCUGGCUCGGCGAUCUUUACACUCGAGAUGAUUGACAAGUUCUUAGCUUUGGCAUUGCCAGUUGGCAGUACUAAGGACCAUCCGAUCACGUGCCCGAUGGGGCCCAUGGCCCCACCCAUUGGAGGGUUGCGGUUGCCGCCGUUCUUGGUGGCGGUGGCGGAGAGAGAUCUCAUGCGCGACACACAGCUGGAAUACGUCGCGGAGAUGAAGAGGAGUGGUAAGGACGUAAAAUUGGUUUUUAGCCCGGGCAUGGACCAUUGCUUCCACUUCAACAAGAUUGCAAUCGACUCGGAUCCGAAUACGGCCAUCCAAACGGAUAUGCUGAUAACAGCCCUUUUGGAAUUCAUUCGAAUGCACUGAGGGUGUGCACUGCACACUGGAUUGCAAGAUAGAUGUAGCUACAAAUAUAUAAUAAUGAGAAUUAAUCACCUGCAUGCUGCUGGUUGCAUUCUAACUUAUCAUGCGACCCUAUCUUUCUAGUUUCCAGUCAAAUGUAUUGCUUUUGUAGAACAUCCAAGCCAUUUGAACAGGUGUACCCCACCAUGAUAUUAUCUGGUAGAAA